AUGCAACCCAGCAGCGGACAAGGCUUUGCGAAAGGGUUUUGCCGGACAAACAGCUGCAGUGUGAUCAGCCGCGGGUCAAGCACCCGCGGCAGCUGCGCUCCGGGAGCGUUCCUGGCGGCUGCAGCCGGUGCGCACGGCGGGCCGCACUCGGAGGCAGGCCGAGAAAACGCAGCCCGGCGUCCGUGCGGCCCCGGCCCCGCGCUCGGUCCUCGUUUCAGUCCCGCGGGAGCCCGUGCCGGCUGCCCCGCGCGCCGCCGCCGAGCGUGCCGCGGGCUCGAGGUAACCCGCCCCCCAGCAGCGCGCUACGGUAACGGCGGCAGCACCCGUCCCGCGGCCGUGGCCCGUCCCAACCGCCCGCCCGGAGGCAGCGCUCGGCUCGGCUCGACACGGACGGGCUUCCUCUCCUCCUGCUGCUGCGACCGGCGUGAGUGUCCCGCCGGGGGCCGCAGAAGGCGGCUCAGUAGAAUUUCAGGUGUGGCAAUGGCAUCAGUUCCAGCCACCAUGAGCCCUUUUGCUUUAUUACAAGGCAAAGGCGAAACUGAUUUGCAGCCUAAAAAAGCAAAAAGUGGACAAGGUGCCAGUAACUCUCAGGCAUCAAAGGGAAGAUCUACAAAUGAGAAAAGAACGAAAGGGAGAAAGAAAAAGAAGGAACAGCAGCAGAGCAAGGCCAAUGAGGAAUACAAAGGUAUUGACAGUACUUCACCUCAGUCAAAGUCUGUGAAUAAGAAAGAGAAAAAGAACCAGCAAGGAAAAGACAAACCUCUCACUGUGUCUCUGAAAGACUUUCAGUCAGACAAUAACUUUGCUAAAAAACACGAGAAACUGAACUCUGACAAGUCUUCAUUGCAUGAUGGAGGACUUUUCAACAGGCUGGAAAAUGAUAUUCAUGGCAUACUUGAAAGAGAGAAAAGGAGAAUCCAGCUCACUGGUUACGGUGAAACAGGACCCAAGCAGGCAUAUUCUCUAACAAACAAUCAAGAGGAUGUUUUGAGAGCCAAAAAAAUAGAACAACUGAAACAUGUGCUUGAAAAGAAAGAUGCAGAAAUUGAGCAACUUAAAAAUACAGUAACUCAGUGGGAGGUGAAGUAUAAAGAAGUAAAAGCAAGAAAUGGUAAGCUUCUGAAGAUGAUGAAAGAAGGUGAAAUGAAAGACAAAGCAGAAAUACUCCAACAAAUUGAUGAAUCUGAAGUUAUAAAAACCGAAUUGACUGUACAGGUAACUGCACUUCAUGCUGCAUUAGAGCAAGAAAGAUCCAAAGUGAAACAACUGCAGGCAGAAUUAAGAAGAUAUGAGAAUGGCAAAAAAGGGAAAAUGCACUCAGAAUCUGACCAGUGCAUAUGA